CGCCUCCGAUGAGCACGGUUGGCUACGUACGGUGUGAAAGCAGUUCAACUAUACGUACAUACGUCAGUGAAUUACCAGGCGAUUAUUAUUGUGGAAAGAAUGGCGAUUGUUGCAUUAAAAAAGUGUUGAUGCUUGUUUCUCACUGCAGUGUUGGGGAGAACCUGGCCUAUACCCUGUCUGCAUUUGUGGAAUUGAUGGAUCACAGCAUUAUGUCCUGGGAAUCCUUCACCCAGGGACCAUUUGUUAAAAAGGUGGUGAACUUCGCUACCCGGUCGACAGCGGACGCCACCGUGCUGCAGCGCUCGCUCGCGAUCCUGGAGAGCAUGAUUCAGAGUGGGAACGCGCUGUCCCUGCACGUGGCCUCCGAGAUCUCCAUCCAGCAGCUGCAGCCACAUCUCUCCGUGUCUAAUCAGGAAAUUCAGAUAUACACAAUCGCUGUCAUCAAUGCCCUCUUCAUGAAGGCGACUGCGGACAAGAAAGUGCAAAUAUUUAAUUACUUUCAGAAGACUCUGAGACCCACGAUUCUCAAUACCGUGAUCCGCAGCAACCGGUCCAUCGGCGCGGAUAUGGCGCACCAGCUGUACGUGCUGCAGACCCUCUCGCUAAACCUAUUGGAGGAUCGCAUGAUGACCAAGCUGGACCCGCAGGACCAGGUCCAACGGGAUCUGCUGAUGGAGCUGCGCAAGAUCGCCUUCGACGGCGAUGUGGAUCAGACGAACAACAGUGGCUCCAUCGACAAGAGGAAGUCCAUGUUCACACACGAUUACAAGAAGCUGGGCUUCUUGAACAGUGUGAACCCUGCGCUGGACUUCACAGGCACCCCCCCGGGCAUCCUGGCGCUGGACUGCAUGCUCUACUUUGCCAAGCAGCACCAGGACUCCUACAUCAGACUGGUGCUGGAAAACAGCUGCCGCGAGGACCGCCACGAGUGCCCGUUUGGCCGCAGCAGCAUCGAGCUCACGCGCAUCAUGUGCGAGAUCAUGCGCAUCCGCGAGCCCCCAUCGGAAACGGGCCAGGAUUACUACCCCAUGUACUUCACACACGACAACGCCUUCCAGGAGCUGUUCUGCGUGUGCGUGCAACUGCUCAACAAGACGUGGAAGGAGAUGCGCGCCACCUUCGAAGAUUUCGACAAGGUGCUGCAGGUGGUGCGUGAACAGAUUGUGCGGUGUCUCCAAAACAAACCCAACUCCAUGGACCAGUUUCGCCUUCACCUCCAUAACUUGGGCUACGCGGAGAUCCUCAAGAUCCGCCAGUCGGAGCGCAUGAACCAGGAGGAGGGCGACUUCAAGGCCGCACCCAUCAUAGAGCUGCGCGAGAAGAUCCUGCCCGAGGUGCUGGAGCUCAUCAAGCAGCAGCGCCUCAACCGACUGUGUGAGGGCACCACCUUCCGCAAGAUCGGCAAGAACAGGCGCCAAGCAGACAAGCUGUGGUACUGCCGGCUGUCGCCCAACCACAAGGUACUGCACUACGCGGACGUCGAGGAGGGCUCCAAAGCGCCGGCGAUCGAGGCCCUACAGGAGAAGCUGCCGAUAGCGGACAUCAAGAUGGUGGUGAUGGGAAAGGACUGCCCACACAUGAAGGAAGUUCGCAAGAGCAAGGAUGUGAUGGACCUGGCCUUUUCCAUUCUCUACGAUCCCGACGACGCUUUGAACUUCAUCGCCAAGAGCCCGGAUGAGUACUGCGUGUGGACGGACGGGCUCAACGCGCUGCUGGGCCGCGAGAUGGUGAGCAAAGCGACGUGCAGCGACCUGGAGGUGUUGCUCAACAUGGAGAUGAAGCUGCGGCUGCUGGACCUCGAGAACAUCCAAAUUCCCGAGACGGCGCCCGUCGUGCCUGUCCCGCCCAGCAACUACGACUUCACCUACGACUUCAGCUGAACGCCAAACUCUCUCGCCUCGAACCACAACGUCGGCUGAUCGCUGACCUCUCGCAUCACCUACGGCUUCAGCUACGACUUCAGUUGAGUGCCGAUCUCUCAGCACAUCCCGAGCGAGCACAGCCCGGACCCCGCACAGUCCACGCGCGGCCAAUCGUGAUGCCGCUGACCAAGCCGUGGCCCUCGGCUCUGUCUGCCACAGCCACAGCACCUCCUAACCUGGAUCGCAGUGCCAGGGCUAACCCAGUGUUGGACAAACCGGGUCUAAUCUUUUAGUCCUUGGGACCAUGCCUUACCUUACCCAAGUCUAACUUAAAGGAGGUUGCAACCCAACAAAAAAAACUGCAGUUAUAUUGUUUAUACGUAUGUAUGCCUUGUGUCCUAAAGGUGCGUUAAUAAGAAUUUAGUUUCGUGCUAAUGCGACUUUCGGAUGCACUGCCACACACCGCCUUGUGUUGACAUCAUUGGGGUGUGGUUGCAUUAAACCACGAACGCCUCAUGGAGGGCCGAGUGUCCCGAGCGGACAGCAGGGAAACCGUGCUCCCUACGACUCGCUUUGAACAUUGUGACUGCAAUUGUUUUCUGUCUCGCAACUUCCUUUAAACUGGCCACAUAGCCCAGCCGUGAUCCACGUACGCUUCUCCCGAGUGUAUUACCGCUAGUUCUAGAAUGUUACAUCCAGAACAGGACAUAGAAAUGGCUCCACCCAAUCUGGGUUUAGAAUAUCUUGAAGGCCGAGGCCCUGAAUCCAAACCCAUUUGGCCAAACGAGGAGAUGGGGCUGGGGGGGGGGGGGCAAGUUCUGUGCUGCAACUGCUGGUUCCGACCUUCACUCCACGUGAAGGGCGGAGCUGUUCGCAGCUCUGCAGCUCCCUUACCCCACACUCGUAAAGCAUGGGAGAGCGAUGAUUUCAAGAUCAGUCUGAACCUGUUUCAUUGGCAUUGUACAUAGUAUGAGAUACAUUGUCUCAUUCUUGGGCAGCCUAAACCUUUAAGCUAGUUGAUAAGAUGCUCAUGAAUUGCUUAUUAUCGGCAAGGAAAAGCCUUCAAAGUACCGUUCGGUAUUUUAUCUCCAUAUCACUGUGAAAGUGCAAUUAUGCCUCACCAAUGGGUGCGUGCAUCCACAUAUCGAUACUUGUGGCUUGAUCGGUCAGCAAUCAUGCUGAGGUUAAGUAAUAAUUAAUCAAAGUAAUGCAAACGUGAACACGUACAUUUUGACUGGCUUAUUAUCAUUAGGUAUACAUUACCAGAUGGAUACCAGCUUGUCAAAACAGUACUGUUAUAUUAAGUUUUUAACUCCUUAAAUGAAUUUAAAAAAACAUUUCACUGCACCCGUAUUUUAAAUUAAACUGCAUGGACAUGAUUUGUAUGUCUUACAAAAGAAGAUUAUGCCUCCAUCGUAUUUAACUGCAUGUUAAAUCAGAUACAGACACACGUGGCAAAUACCCAUUGGUCUUGCGUGUCCCUGGCAUUUGUAGCAACGUAUUAAACCUGCAUAACAGGUGUUAAAGGCUACAGCUAUACAUGGUGAGAAUCAGAGGGCAAUGCAUAUAAUUCUUGUUUUGUCAAACUUGCUGUAUUCACAUCUGUAUGUAUGUAUGAAAAGAGUUUGUGCUUUUGAUGUUCUGCACUUGUUCUGCACAUGGUGUGCACUCAAACAUACUCUUUUGCACAGGAAUGGCAGAUGGUAGAUGGCAGCAGACCUUUAAGCAUAGACUCCAGGGUUCAUGGCUGGCGUUGUCGGACCAAUGACAACGCGAGAGUGAGACUACGAGGUGGGGCUGCGGCGUCCGCGGUCAUCUCGGUCAUGCAACCCACGGCACCGGCAGGUUCGGUACCGUGACCUCCUGCCAGCGAGCCUUCGAUGCUUCACGUGGCCUCCACCUAGCCUGGCACAAGCGCCGUGGUGAUGUCACCGCCGCUUGGUGGCGGAUGGCGGCUGGUUUUUUUGCGCCAUUUGCAUUCGGGCCUACCGUGGAGCUGCUCCAGCCUUUCGAGGCUGAGAUUCACCGGCUGGUGGAUGCUGGUUGUUCUUAAUUGGACUCUCGAUGCAGGAGAGACUCCAGUUUACAAUUGGUUUUGUAAAUCUGAUUAUAAUGAGGUACGGUGGAACAUUUUAAUCUCGGAAUUCCGUAACACUCCUUUCAUGUAUUUUUUUUAAUGGGAUGAUGAUUUUUCCUAAAAGAGCCAUGCUGCAAAACAUGGAUGAUUGCACAUGGGCUGUGGACCAGCAGCCUCGGGUUUUCUUCUGUAAAAAAAACUACAUUGGUAAAACAUCUUGCCUUUCCAUUAUUGAUUCACAUAAUUAAUUUCUCUUUAGAGCUUAUGCACGAUAAUCAUAACCGGUGGCAAAAUAUGAAAUCAGCCUGUGACCUAGGGCUCCCGCCUCUCUCGCAUACCAAAUUUUCGGCAUAUUUCUUAGUCAGCCAUGUCUCGGUACAAAUCAAUCCCAGGCACACGAACACACAUGCCAAUUUACAGACUGCGUUGGUCAAACCCGGACAGGUGGCUGUCUUGUGAGAUACUCGCGGCGGGUCGAGGGCUGGCGUUGCAGACCACAGAACUCCAUAAAGUAUGAGCUGGCUUGCGAUGAUAAUAAUAAUCAUUGUAGGCUGUCAGAAAUCUCUUUUCCGUGGGGUGGACUCUUUAUCAGUGAUGGCUGGGCCCUGGCUCGAUAUUUAGGAGUAACACCUGCCUGAGCUCAAGUGUAUGUUCCCUCUUCUUGGUUCUUUCGGUAAAAUCACGUAGAAUGGAAAUAAUAAAAUAAUAAAAAUUUAACAUAAUAAAAUAAUUUACAGAAUUAUUCUAUUAUUUUAUUUUAUAAUGUUUUAUUUUUAUUAUUUUAUUAUUUCCCUUCUACGUGACGUUACCAAAAGAACCAAGAAGAUGAAUCCCUGCAGUCACGAAAGCUUUAAAUCGAAAUGUAUGUUCCCUGUUGGCACUGCUUAUAAUCUGCUGCACACAGAAUGCCGUGUAUAUAGGCAUAGCCUCUGAACGUUAUCUUAAGUGUGUGCUUUCAGCUAGGAAAGUUGUGUAGGUGUAUUAGGGCAUUGCUUUUUCACAUUUUGCUACACUGGCAUUUCCGCUGUUAAGUUUGGCCGACAAAUGUGUAGAAUCCUGUCGUAAAUGCAAAUACAAAUGCUGCAAAAUUGUUUCGGCGAGCUUGUAACAGCAAAUCAGUUUAAUACGUAGGCUUUCGCGACCAAUAUUAUCCAUGAUAGAGGUUUUUGGGUUAGAGUGUGUGAAUAUCAAUGUGUCGUUCAACCUGCUAAUUGUGAAUGUUGUGGGUUUGCUCUCCAACACACCAGUGUGCUGUACAAGCAACGAAUUGGCAUGUUGUGUUCACGUGGCAAACCUUACUUAUUGACUGUGUCAGGUGAUGGCGGGUUUAACCACACAUUUAUAUUUAUGCGAUCUAACCCAAAAACCUAUUAUGGAUUAGCAAAGCAAGCUCAAAUGAAACAGGUACUGAAUCGUUAUCAUACCGGUAGUGUAACGGGUGAGAGCAUCACUCACACACAGUGAUGAUAUCAAUGCAAGUGGCACUAAAUGGGGGCGCAGUUGGAUUAUGAGGUUGCCUACUCUCACUUCGCACCGGGCUUGUGUGACGUGCACAGCACACUGUUGCGGUUGGCACGUGUCCUGCUGUGGAUGACCACAUUUUGCGAAGUUUCGUGAAUAUAUCGCAUUCUGUUCGACUUGAGUUCACCAAAAGGGGCUAUAUGCCACUGUGACGAUAAUGACAAUAUUAAUUAUUGACAAAUUAUUGUUUUAAUUUAAAUAUAACUGAUGCAAUCUAUGGUGUGACACAAGCCAGUGGCUAGUUGUUCCGAGGGUCAGCGUUCUCCGUGACUGCUGCAGCACAUAGUUGUCUGCUCCACGUGUUUUGUUCAGAGCAGGGGUUCUCAAUGAUUUUGUGUUUUUAUGCCCCCCCCCCACCGCCAGUCAAGACUACUAGCCUCCUGCGCCGCACCCCACCCAGGGUACUAAUGGCACAAUACACACAGAGCUUUCGUACCCCCACGCCUCGAGUCAACGAGCCAUUCGCGAGGCAUUUGUUUUGGGACAUGUGUUCACCCAGGGUACUAACGACACAAUACACACAGAGCUUUCGUACCCCCACGCCUCUAGUCAGCGAGCCAUUCGCGAGGCAUUUGUUUUGGGACAUGUGUUCACCCAGGGUACUAACGGCACAAUACACACAGAGCUUUCGUACCCCCACGCCUCUAGUCAGCGAGCCAUUUGCGAGGCAUUUGUUUUGGGACAUGUAUUCACUCAGGGUACUAACGGCACAAUACACACAGAGCUUUCGUACCCCCACGCCUCAGGUCAACGAGCCAUUCGCGAGGCAUUUGUUUUGGGACAUGUGUUCACCCAGGGUACUAACGGCACAAUACACACAGAGCUUUCGUACCCCCACGCCUCUAGUCAGCGAGCCAUUCGCGAGGCAUUUGUUUUGGGACAUGUAUUCACUCAGGGUACUAACGGCACAAUACACACAGAGCUUUCGUACCCCCACGCCUCGAGUCAGCGAGCCAUUCGCGAGGCAUUUGUUUUGGGACAUGUGUUCACCCAGGGUACUAACGGCACAAUACACACAGAGCUUUCGUACCCCCACGCCUCGAGUCAACGAGCCAUUCGCGAGGCAUUUGUUAAGCGACGUGUAUACACCCAGGGUACUAACGGCACAAUACACACAGCUUCCGUACCCCACGCCUCUAGUCAACGAGCCAUUCGCGAGGCAUUUGUUAAGCGACGUGUAUACACCCAGGGUACUAACGGCACAAUACACACAGCUUUCGUACCCCCACGCCUCUAGUCAACGAGCCGUUCGCGAGGCAUUUGUUUUGCGUCGUGUGUUCAGUGUGUUUUGUGGUCCCAACGCCGGUAUCCAUGCCGCAGCCUGUGUCUGACCCGGAGGUUGAGAACCGCCGGUUUAGACCAAUCCACGAAUGAUAUAGUCUGCUCACGAGGAGCCCAUGAAAUGGUUUGCGUUUGUCAUACGACACAAUUGUCGUCUUCCUCUUUAAAGCUGCUGUAUUUCUGUUGAGUGGAAAGCACAAUUCUGGAUGUGGUUUUAUGCGAUGAAUUGUAAGAACUGUGUCACUCAUUUCAAUUUUCAAAACGUGACCCGACUCUUUAAAAAAAUUUUGCUCGAGAAUUGUGCUUGUAGUUGGCAAUUUACCAUUUGGGUUUCCAAAAAUGUAAGAUGUAAUUUUUAUGUUUUUCAAUGUAAGCUACAAACUGUUGUUGUUUGACAAUUUAGAGGUGCAAGGGUGUUGCGUUUUCACGCACCUAGUGCCAGUUUUGCCUAUUUAAAAAAAUGGCAUUGGAAAUUUAAACGGUUUUUUAAUUUUACUUAGAUCAUACAGAAUACUCGUGUAGGUUGUGAGUGAUUGAUGUUGUACUCUGCAGCUGUUCACCCGAUUACAAUGCGUGUGAUGCUGCAGUGGAAACCUCCAGAAUCACAUCUUGUCAUGGGGAGUCGGUUCUAAUACUUGUUUAUUCAUGUCACAGGGAUUUCCUUCUCAAAUGAGCACUGAGCCAGUGGGAGGAGUGGUAUUCCAUUGGUGGCGAGCGUGGCUAUCCAUAGGACAGCCACUGUGUAAUUCCCACAGAGUGGUACUUGUUUUAUCUACCCGGUGGGAUGAUGGGCCGAGUCAACUCCCAACCAGGAUAUUAUGUCGGAACCUUCCGAUUGCGAUUCGCUCGCUCUACCGUUGAGCCACCCAGCCAAACAACCGAGCUCAACGUGAGUGAUGCUGCAGUGUUAGGAACCAAGUCCCCAUUACGCAUGUAUACUGUAAUGGUAUCACUGCAAUGCCUUUAUUGACUUUGAUAUCCAGCCGCUGAACUUACUCUUGCAGUGGUGAUCACCAGAACAAAUGUUGCAUUUGUUAGUUUUUUAUUUUCCAGCAAUAUCUGCAAGUUUAGAUACUUAUAAAUGUUUUAAUGUAAAAAGGGUGAUGUUUGGGAGUAACUGGGUAUAUAUAAAUGUUUGUUGGGAUCUGGGGUUAAUCGAACAAUAAUAAUAACAUGUUUUAUCCAUUUCAACUCUUGUAUCGGACCAUAGAAUGAUCCAAAUUUGAUCAACAUUCUAAUAUGUUACUUCCUAAAAUCUUGCACUGUGUCCCUGGGAAAUGCCACCUAUAGAUUUUGUUUAGCCUGCAAAAUCUUUGUGUGCUCUUUAUCUUUUAAAGAUUUUUUAAAUUCUGGAAACUGCUGAACUGAAAUAUAAAUUUUAAAUAUGUUGCCAAGUGGAAAGAUGCGCUGAAAUGUUCCGCUGCCGAUAACGUUGUUGCGAUGACACAAAUGCGUCGGUGUCAGCUUUUUUGUUGUUAUUUUUGGCAGAGGAAGUUCCAAUGUCACCCGUUGCCAGCGAUGUGACAAAUCACCGAAGUGGUGAAACUUUUUGGCCAAUUCGUCUUGAUGUAAAUCUGGCCCUUUACCAUUUAUUCACAAUGCAUAUUGUUCGUGUACAAGUACCAUCAUUCGUACUGACUGCAACCAUUUUCUGCUCUGAUUUUUAAAACACCAUUCAAGGUGUCACCGACGUUGCACGACUAUACUCGUCUAUAGACCGUAUUCUUUUCAACCAAAUUUUAAGUUGCAGUCAACUUUCAACAAUGCAUUUUAAUCAUCGUAAAAAUCUGUCCUUUUUGCUCACGUCACAUUCAUCCAUUAAUUCUUGUGAGAAUCGAUUAUUUACAAUUGUUGCACAUUACAUGCUAAAGUCACAUUUAGGCUAAUGGAGUGCACGAAACAUCCAAGAAAUAAAUAAAAAGUCCGUUCUUGAAUUAAGCUGUGACCCUUAAUCAUGACGAUGUGUUACACCGCAAGUAGGCGGUAGGGGCAUCGCGUUACACGAAUGGCGAACACGCUCGCCAGUGCCCCUGCAGUGUCCGUCUGCAUCAAGUCCAUCGCAGUCUGGGAGUUUGCCCCGUACGGUGGAGUGCCACGUACGGCUAGUCUUGGAUUUUUCGAACUGCUCUGCCUUGGGACCAUCAUUAACACCAUUAAUCUAUAGGUCAGCACCAAUAUGUGAGCCAAUGUAUUAUCUCCGUUACAACAGCAUCACGUGGUGCUGCUUGGGGAUGUUAAUAGUGACUGAGAAUCCUCUACGUGUUCUGACUUCCCAACUCUGCCAUCUCCCUGAUGAAUUUGCAUUUAAUGUGCAUGGUUUUCGCCAAUACAACAAUUGCCAUUUUCCCAACCGAGUUUCCGGAGAGCAUGCAGCAAUGAAAAUGUCUACAUUCUUAUCCUAAAAUCUUGCAUGCAAUGUGUCGUUGGGAAAACACUGCAUUUGCAUGAGCGCACGCCUUUCUUUUUUUACUCUUCUGCCAAAUUUCAAAUAUUGCCACUCUAUGUGCAACCCAAUGUGUUAUCAAUGUACAGAGCAUCCCAUUGUAUUGUCAAUAAUAGUGACGUUAAUUAAAAUGUGUGUUUCAAUGGAACAUGAGCAAUAUUAAUACUGUAUAAUUUUGGUGAUGAUGAUGGUGAUAAUUUUGCUGGUCUGCCAAACAUCGGUGUCCCGAAACACUUUACUGUUAUGCUGCCAAUGCUUUUGUCGAUGUAGGAUAAACUAGCGUUCAAUUAUUUAAAUGCCCAGAAAUAAUUAAUUCACCUGUCCUUUUUGCAAGUGAAGAGCCUAGUGUGUGCUGCGGGAAGCUCUGUGCUUGGACUGAAGAUGUCAACCCAGAGUGGCCCUGCCUCCCCACGUGUUGCUCUGUGUGUCCGCGCCGUGCUGUUCGAGUCUCCUGGUGUUGUCAACAAUAACGAGAGACUGCUUGCCGUGUCGCGUCACGUGACCCGCAUUACACUCUGCCGAUGUUAAACCGGUCGUCGUGUCCUAAGGGAACAUCCGGCACUGUUGGCUGUGGUGACACACAUCCUGUGUGGUCUAGUGUUGCUGAGGUGAGGUUGGAGAAUUGGAGAUGUAUACGUUUUCUGAGCCUGCCUUACCCUCCGGACUGCGAGGGUGGACAGAUGAUGGCAGCAUGGAAAAUAAGUUCCUGAACUUGUGCAGAGUUUUAGAGUUGUUGUCUCUUUGUCGGCGUGGGUUGUCUCUUGGUUUCUUAUCACUUGUAAAAAUUAUGUCAGUUUUACGAUUUUUUUGGUGCCAUUUACACAAAUAAUGUUUAAAACAGUGAAUCACAAUGAACAAAGUGAAGUGUAUGAUGUAUAAAUGAACUACUGUGCUUUUUAAAGAGCCCCAUUCGAAUUGUAAAUACUUUGGACGUAAUUUUUUUGACGAGUUAUAAACAUCAGAUUAUUUACUGAAUCUGUAAGACACAUUGUGUGAUGUUGCUUGCAUAAUUUGCAUGAUGGUAGAAGCAAAAAAACGUUCUGAAAAUUUGACCUUAAUCACUUGGUCUUUUGACUCUAAUUAGUGAAUGUUAAUUUGGUGCAAGUGAGGGGGGGGAGGGUAUCAGUCUGUGCCGUACACACUUGAACAUAUUUUUUCUUUAUACGGUGCAUUGUUCACCACGAAAUAAAACAAGUACAUCCGUGAUACUGCACCUUUUAUGAAACCUGGAAUAAUGCACGUGUGUAACUGUACGGUACAACAAUUGUUUUUGUUUAAGUAUCCACGCUUAUAGGGUGUUAUUGAGGCCAUAAUUACCUGUCGAGACAAGGAAUAUACAUACUCAACAGCUUCUUGGCUCUGAGAAAAGAGAAUCGUUUAUCUUUAAUAAAUGAGAAAAUAAAAUGUCAGCUGUCGAUGAAAACUGUACGGUUAUAUUUAAUGGUGGCUUUGCUUUUGCGGGCGGUUUGUACAUCCCGUCCAUUAAGGGAUUCUGCUUCAGUACCCAACAUUUGCUUUCAUAACUCAAGACUAUUAAAGCUUGCACUUUCUUUCUUUCUUAGCCAUUUUAAUAAUUUAACGUUUUACCAUUUCAAUCGUUUGUUUGACACGUGAAGGUAUUGUCCGAUUUUCAUUUGGCAAACAUCGUUUUUGAGCCUGAUUUAAUUGAAUCUAGGUUUGAGGUUUUCGUGACUCAACAGCAAAAUUGUAUCUUUAGUCCAUCAACAGGGGAAAACAACCUUUUGCUAAGCUGGAAAGCAGUCCCGUUCUGUAUUUUAAAAGUAUAACAUUACAUAUGAAAUACUGUCAUUCAUUUGAGUUAUACUUAAUUUCUGCAUGACUUCAAUUUCCUAUUAUUUGAAAAUGUGAAAUGUUGAAAGUCAUUGGGUGCCCAUCAGCAUAUGCGGUUCCGCUUAAAGCAAGGUCUGAUAAGUAUGUUGCAUCUGCUGUUCCGGUACAGGCUGUGUGCGUCACUGCGAUUCUGCAGGGUGGAAGGGAUAUUAUCGCUUGCGUGCUUGAAGCCUCCACUGCGGCGUUGCUUUAGGUGCAGCUUGUUAUGGAAUCACACGUUACCUUAAACCCACAAUUUCAGUGCAAGGUAAUUUGUAAAAUAAAUUGUGAACAAUGAAACA